AUGGCCCACCAUGCGAACGAGGAACAUCACGGCAAGCCAGGGAACUUUACCAUGAUGCAGUACUUUGAGUGGUACGCCCCCGGAGGCGGCGUACACUGGAAAAAGUACGAAGACGAGAGCGACCGACUCGCCAGUAUGGGUAUCACUGCCUGCUGGAUCCCUCCUCCCACAAAGGGCUCCAGCCCCGAGGGUACCGGCUACGACAUCUACGACGUCUGGGAUCUCGGAGAGUUUGACCAGAAGGGUUCUGUGGGCACCAAGUGGGGCAAGAAGGAGGAUCUUCUCAAAGCUAUCAAAACAGCUUCUGACAAGGGCAUCAUCACCUACAUUGAUGCUGUCAUGAACCACAAAGCUGGUGCGGACGAUAAAGAAGAGUUCCUCGCUACCAUGGUCGACCAGAAUAACCGAAACAAAGAAGUCGGGGAGAUGCACAAUAUCCAAGGAUGGACCAAAUUCGAUUUUCCAGGGAGGGGCGACAAGUAUAGUGACAUGAAGUGGAACUUUAACCACUUUACUGGUGUCGACUAUGAUGCUGCGACCGAGACUAAUGCGAUCUUCAAGAUCCAAGGUGAGGGCAAGCACUGGGCUACGGAUGUCGAUAAGGAGAACGGGUCGUUCGACUAUCUCAUGUUUGCCGACAUCGACCACUCUCACCCCGAAGCCGAAGCCGAACUCAACAAAUGGGGCAAAUGGGUCCUCCAAGAAACCGGCGCCCACGGCUUCCGCUUCGAUGCCGUCAAACACAUCUCCCAAUCCUUCAUCGCCCAAUUCGUCAAACACAUCCGCUCCGGCGAAGGCGCCAAAAGCAAGGCCUUUUGUGUGGGCGAGUUUUGGCAUGAUGAUGUGGAUGCGCUGGAGAGUUAUUUGGAGGGGCUUGGGACGCAGUUUUCGUGUUUUGAUUCGUGUUUGCAGGACAACUUUUAUCAAGCUGGAGAAGCUGGAGAGGGCUACGAUCUGCGCAAGAUCUUUGACGGCUCUCUCGUCCAGAGGAGACCUAUCGAUGCCGUUACCCUCGUCGACAACCACGACACCCAAAAAGGCCAAUCCCUCCAACGCUGGGUCUCCCCAACUUUCAAACCCCUCGCCUACGCGCUCAUCCUCCUCCGCCCGGACGGCUACCCCUGUGUCUUUUACGGCGAUCUCUACGGCUGUGGCGGGGAAGACCCGCAGGAGGGGGUGGGGCAGUUGGAGGAUUUGGUUAGGUGUAGGAAGAUGUUUGCUUAUGGGGAGAUUAGGGAUUAUUGGGAUCAUCCCAACUGCCUAGCCUGGCUCCGCACAGGCGACGCCGAGCACGACGGCUGCGUCACCGUCAUCUGCAACGGCAACGAACCCGGCUCCAAGCGCGUCGAGGUCGGGCAAGAGCACAAGGGCGAGAAAUGGACGGAUGUCUUAGGGUGGUAUCAGGGGGAGGUCGUUAUUGGUGAUGACGGCUGGGCCGAGUUCUUCUCGCCCCCUCAAAGUAUCUCCAUCUGGACCAAGACCGAUGCCCGAGGCAGGGAAGAGUUUAAGAAAGAGUAG